AUGAUGUCCAACUUGGUGGAGCCUUCGUGGCGGCUUCUGGCGGCGAGCGGCGGAGAUACGGUUAAGCUAUUCGACGUGUCCGCCGAUUCCGGUGAUCCCUGCGUUUUGAGCUAUACUCCGACACCUGGUUCUGCUGUCAACUCCGUCAAGUGGAAUCACACGAAUUUAGUUGUGGCGAGUACCGGAGAAGAUAAGAAGAUAUCCCUGUGGAGGAACAAUGGGCAGAGUUUAGGAACAGUUCCAGUUACUGGCAAGGACGGUGGUGAUAGUGCCGAGGAAUGUUUAUCGGCUAUUAGCUUCAGCAGGAAAGGGUCCAGGUACAUAUGUUCUGGAGGAACCGGUCAAAUUGUGAAGAUAUGGGAUCUGCAGAGAAAGCUUUGUAUCAAGAAGUUGAGGGGACAUACAAGUACAAUAACGGGUGUGAUGUACAAUUGCAAAGAUGAGCAUGUGGCUUCUGUCAGUGUCGGUGGGGAUCUGAUAGUCCACAACCUUGCAUCUGGAGCAAGGGCUAGCGAACUCAAAGAUCCAAAUGGGCAGGUAUUGAGGGUGCUUGAUUAUUCAAGGUCCAGUCGACAUCUUCUACUUACUGCAGGUGAUGAUGGCACUGUGCAUCUGUGGGACACGACUUGUCGUAACCCAAAGAUUUCCUGGUUGAAGCAGCACUCUGCACCAGCUGCUGGUGUAUGCUUCUCUCCAUCAAACGAAAAGAUAAUUGCUAGUGUGGGGAUGGACAAAAAGCUGUACACUUAUGACUCCGGAUCCAGAAGAUCUUCGUCCUGCAUUUCUUACGAGGCACCUUUCUCAUCUUUGGUGUUUGGGGAUAAUGGUUACGUUCUGGCAGCUGGAACCGGUAAUGGUAGAGUAGUGUUUUACGACGUCCGUGGAAAACCGCAGCCUGUCACUGUCCUGCAUGCUUUCAGUAGUUCAGAGGCUGUGACAAGUUUAUCAUGGCAAACGUCAAAACCAGUUAUUGUAAAUGAGAAAAACUACACUGCUGAGAUGGCUCUUCUUGGUGGUACUGUGGACGAUUCAGUUGUCAUUCCUGAUCCACUUCCCUCAACAACAUCCUCAGAUUCACAAUCCGCUUCAGUACCAGGUUCUCGUGGACUUGCCACGAGUACAGUGAAUGCGUCAUUUGCAGAACAAACACCAAACAGAAAUCAUCUAUGGCCUGGUGGGCCACUGGGCAGACUUCAUGCACUUCGUGCCAGUGACAGUUUCAAUGAUGAUAUGGGUGUGUUUUCCCCUAUUAUUGACGUAUCAUCUGUUGAGAAGUGGGCUGAUAGUGAAGGAUUCAACAACAAGGAUCAUUUGGCUGUUGACAAAAAGCCUUCCUCUCUGCUUUUUCCUUCAUCCAGCAAGGGAUUUCCAUUCGGGGAUGAUGGAAACAAGGAACAUACGAUAUUUGACUGGAAAUCAAGUUCUACUUCGAAACAGGAGGACACAAGGGCUGCUUUCUCGCCAUUUGGAACUACUACGCCAACAGCAUCAACAAAAAGUGAAGACUCUGCCUUGACACCUCCAGAAGCAUGGGGUGGUGAUAAAUUAUCUGAGAAGUUUAACCAAUUGGCCAAUGAGAAAUUUUCUGAUAAAUAUAGCCACAUGCAUCCACCUUCACGUCUCGGGGUUUCGAGCACAAGUGCUAGUACAUCUGGAUCAAUGUUCUCUAGCUCUCGAGAUUUCCCCAUGUCGCUUGGUCAGACAAACCUCGCAAACGUUGGCUCAGAGUUCCCACGGAUCAGAGACUUCUCUUCAACGUUUGAGACAGACAAUAACUUACCUUCAAGCCCAAUGUUAACAAAAGGCAUGGCAGCUCCGGGCAACAUUGAUUCACUGAAGCUAUCACCGAGUUUUACUCGUAGGUUCUCAACAUACGCUGAGAGAAUCAGCACCACUUCUUCCUUUAGUGACGGGACCUCUCUCGCUGUGGGUUCACCAAAGAUAAAGAAAACAGGAGCAGAAACGAGAGAGGACGUUUUGAAUAAUUUGUUGCCAAGACCUGAGACGGUGGCUGCAACAGAAGCAGGAGCUCUUCCGGUGAUGAAUGGAGGAAACAUGGUAGGGACGAAACAAUCUCAAACGGAUAGUAGCAAUUUCACGCUUCAGCUAUUUCAAAGAACGCUAGAAGGAACUCUGGACUCUUUCCAAAACUCCAUUCAUGACGACAUGAGGAACCUGCACAUUGAGAUCCUCAGACAGUUCCACAUGCACGAGAUGGAGAUGUCGAAGGUGUUAAGUUCGAUACUGGAGAACCAAGCGGAGCAAAUGAAGGAGUUAAAACUGUUACGCAAAGAGAACCAACAGCUCCGACAAAGGCUUUAG